AUGGGGAACUGUGGUGAAAUUUUGUCACGCAUUUUUUGCCGGGAAAAAAACACCAAUGUUCGUUUUAGUCUGCCGGCUGUCUGCUUCGUCUGGCAGAUUGCUAUGAUUGUACUGUUUGGAAUUUUCAUCCGGUACGAUGAGGAAUCAGACGUACGAAAAUGGAUAGAAUUUAAAGUAAGCCACAACGUCACCAGCGAUAUUGAAAAUGACUUCUACUUCAGAUAUCCCAGCUUCCAGGACGUCCAUGUCAUGAUCUUUGUCGGGUUUGGUUUCCUCAUGACCUUCUUGAAACGCUACAGCUUCGGUGGCGUGGGCUUCAACUUCCUGAUCGCUUCCUUCGGUGUGCAGUGGGCUCUUCUCAUGCAAGGCUGGUUCCACGCGCUCGACCCCAACACCGGGAAGAUCUCUAUUGGACUAGAAAGUCUGAUCAACGCUGACUUCUGCGUUGCCAGCUCUCUGAUUGCCUACGGUGCCCUCCUGGGAAAAGUAAGCCCUGUCCAGCUGAUGAUUGUCACCUUGUUUGGCGUGACACUGUUUGCUGUGGAAGAAUACCUCAUCCUUAGCCUUCUUCACUGCAGAGAUGCUGGUGGCUCAAUGAUAAUUCAUGCUUUUGGAGGGUAUUAUGGUUUGGCCAUCUCUUGGGUUCUCUACCGACCGAACCUAAACCAAAGCAAGCGCCUCAAUGGAUCUCAAUACCACUCUGAUGUGUUUGCUAUGAUUGGUACACUGUUUCUGUGGAUGUUCUGGCCCAGUUUCAACUCUGCCAUCACGGACCACGGCUCCGGACAGCACAGAGCAGCCAUCAACACUUAUCUCGCUCUCGCCUCCUCUGUGCUCACCACGGUGGCCAUCUCCAGCGCGUCUGCCAAAAGAGGGAAACUGGACAUGGUGCACAUCCAGAAUGCUACUCUGGCAGGUGGCGUUGCCAUGGGAACAGCAGCAGAGUUCAUGAUCACUCCUUACGGUUCACUGAUCGUGGGUUUCUGCUGUGGCAUCAUCUCCACCUUUGGCUACCUGAUCGUCACGCCCUUCUUGGAGAAAUACCUAAAGCUCCAGGAUACAUGUGGUAUCCACAACCUGCAUGCUGUGCCGGGGAUGCUCGGCGGCUUCAUAGGCGCCAUUGUUGCUGCAGCUGCCACUGAAGAGGUCUAUGGCAAGCAAGGGUUGAUCGAGACGUUUGACUUUGAAGGCGAUUUUGCAAACAGAAGUGUAUUAACCCAGGGAGCCUUCCAGGCUGCUGGCACGUGUGUGUCUAUUGCAUUUGGAGUUGUUGGAGGAACGGCUGUUGGUCUGCUUCUGAGGUUGCCUAUCUGGGGGGACCCUGCUGAUGACAACUGCUAUGAUGAUGAAGCUUACUGGGAGGUUCCUGAGGAGGAGGAGGAGACCAUCAUUCCUAUUUUGGCUUACAACAACCAUAUGACACGCAAGCACCCAGACAUAUCCGAGUCAAACUUCACCGUGGAGCAAAGUUAGAGACAUCGAGCCGCUCAUAUCACUUUGAACAUGCUGCAGAUGUGAAAUGACAGGAGCCGCCUAACACAUGUGCUGUUCUACAAAGGAAGGACCCCACCGGUCCUCCUCCGCCCCUCUUGUCUCGAAUGAUCUGUGAAUGAUAGGCAGCUUAAGGAUAUGAUGGUAGUAAUCAAAUGGCUCAUGAUUGGAAACAUGAUUCACAACUAAAACCUGGUUCUAUUUUCGAUGAAAUCUUCAGCAACAUUUACCCUGUAUCCUUUUGGAUGAAACUCCUUAUGAUUUGCAGCUGCUUAGUGAAUGUAAAAUAUCAGGUUCUGAUGAUGGGCAGUCAAAGACACUAAGUUAAUGUUGUGAAAGAUUAUUAUAAUAUACAGAAUAACUGUGAAACAUCAGUUGUUGUACUUUAUCUUUAAUAACCAGAGAAAGCUCUAUCUUAUGUCAUGCCUUUUAAAAUUGAUGAAUAUUGUCAUUCAUAAUGUUUGCAAUUUUAUUUGUCAAUAAUGAAGACUGUUGACAUAAGGUAUAUAAAUGAUGUUUAGUGAAUAAUCAAAAGUAUUUGUGCAAACAAAUUUAGAUUUUUUAAUUGUAUAUCGUAAUUAUUUCUUUUAAAUGAUGUAUAGGUUUUUGUACAUAUGCUUUGAUCUUGUGUAUUAUGGUCAUAACUUGCUUGUUCUGAAGGUGGAAGUGUUUAAGUAACUAUGAUACAAUCUUCAGCAAUUUGUUUGCUGUAGUGUUGAAUGUUAGGCUACCUCCAAUAUACAAUGUGACCUUUUUGUUUUUUGUCUACACUUUCAUAAAUCACAAGUAACUGAAAUUAAACAAUCACCAUAUA